AUGCGCGCAUCGACACGACUCGCAUCGACAGUUUGUCAUGGAUUAUCAGCCGCACGUUUACUGGGAGUAUGGUCUGGCCGCCGACUGGCAGGGAGGACACCGAGCAGUCUGUCACGACGACCACCUUGCAUACGCUUCAGUCCAGUGGGCCAGUGCGCACGUCGUGCAGUCUCUUCGCAGGCACCCAUUACGGAUCCUGAUAGGCCAGACUUGUUCUACCACCUCGUUUCGAUUCCGCACCCUGCAGACUCGUCUUCGUCCACCCCUGCGUACGCGCUGUCCUUCCUUCCAACUCCACCCUCUUCCAGCAGAUCAGCAACUAUAAUCGGUUGGCUUCCGGCUAUCGCAGAGGGGAUAUCUGGAGACAUCGAAGCAGGUCUCAGUGACUUUGUAGAAAACCCCAACUUUAGGUCUCUCGUGCAAGAAACCGUCCAGCAGGGCCUACGGGAAGGCGUAGACGAGGUGUGGACGAACGGUGCUCUUCAACUUCAGCAUGGAUGGAUACACAUACAUGGUGAUCGCAAUGUCCCUCCUCUCGGUCGUAUAGGUGAUCCAGACGAUAUCAUUGGCUCAGUGCUUGUCGAGGAUAGCAAGAUCUUGCCAGAUACUUAUCAAGCCAUGCCUGCAUACCGGCUCUGCACUUCAGACGGGCCUAUUCAGCUGACUGAAGGUCUUGCUAGGAAACUAAGGACUGUGCUCGAGGACGUCGCUUCGCGCGAAACGCCAUGA